AUGGACGAAGAGGACGUGGCCAUUGAUGUUGAUGCACUUAGUUCUGAUUCGAAGGUCAUUGACGUGGAUGCAAUUGAAAGCGGUACAGUAGACGCUGAUGCAAUCGACGUAGAAGGUGAAAGUGAAGCAAUCACUGCAGAUGGAUUUGAGCGCAUUAGUGAGGGCGAACCAUUGAAAAGCAGGCCAUUUUUGGGGCGCAGAGGGUACGACUACAGCUUUUGCACCCUUGUCGGUAAACGUCCAACACCUGAUGGGGAUGAAUCUCGAAGAGGUGCUCGGUGUAACAAAAGACAAGCUCUUAGUGGCCGCAAUGGCGCCCUGAGUGACAAAGUUGGAAGGAGCGCCGGUGCGGGCAUUACUUUGCCGUUCACACCUGUGCCGGAACGGCAAAGAACUGGCUUAAGAGGUGAUAAAAGGAACAGCCAACACAAGAGGGACGGUACAAGGGAUAGUAGCAGAGCGGUAAUGCAUGGCAGCAAGGAAGCAUUGCGGAAAGUUUCAGAUUCUGUGUUUGAAGACGAGGAGGAAGAGCUGGGGUCUCCAUGCAGUACAAACAAGGAUUGGAACAAGAAGCGCGCAGAUGCAAGGAGGCAUUUGCCAGACAUAGAAAGGGUAGGGUCGCAAAGCAAGAGAAGUGCGGAUGAGAGAGCCGAUGGGAUGUCUAGCUUAUAUGCGGUCAAAGCUGAGUACAGGCGGGAGAUACAUCGGUUGACGAUCUCCCGGAGCGCUUCCUUCUUAGAAUUGCGGAGAAAGAUGGAAGAAGUUUUCCAAUUAAGCGAGAAGGUUUGCCUUGCAUACCGAGAUAAUGAGGAUGACUAUAUUACGAUUUCGACGGAGUCGGAUAUGCGGGAACUAUUUGGACUGGCGGACAAGUACUCUCUGAAUCCGAUUAGAGUGCGAUUGGUCGAAAGGAUUGAGAAGCGGUAGAACGAGUUUUCCCUGAACGACAAUGGUGACGGAGUUGAUGAUGGGAUGGAAUGGAAACAUGUUUCGAGGGACUAUCCGAGGCGACGUGUCGCGCCCGCAUUCGCUGUUACCAAAAGAGCACUCUCAAUUUCCCAAACCUCAGCCAACCGGAACGCCGCCCGCCUCCAUAGCAAGAACCUUCGGCUCACCCAUUAUAAUUAUAAAUUAUAAAUGGUGAAAUCUGUCCCG